AUAAAAUGUUAAUAUUAAUACGUAUCGACAAUUAAAUAAACAAAACAAGAAUCUUAAUCAUGAGAACUGAGUAAAAAUAGUUUAUCUUAAAUUCAUUAUUAUUAUUAAUCAGUGAUCAUCAUGUUACUUUUUAAUUUGAUUCAUAUUUCUGAGCCAUUGUGCAAUCUAAUUGUUGGAGUAAUUAGUUUAUGGUUAGUUAAAUAUCUUUGGUCAACAAUUAAACGUAUCCGAUCAUUACCACCAGGACCAUGGGGAUUACCUGUCGUUGGUUAUUUUCCGUUCAUUUGGAAACACAAUUAUCUUCAAUUUGAUAAACUUUCUCGACGAUAUGGAAAAGUGUUCAGUGUGAAAUUAGGCCAUUUAGAUGUCGUACUUGUCUGCGAUUGGGAGCAUCUUAAGGAAGCGCUUGCGAAUGACUCGUUACUUGGUCGACCUAAGGGUCUAAUUAUACCAGGGAUAAUUGAUCAUCCUUCGUUCGUCGAAAUGUCCGAUGAACCUUGGCGACAUCAUCGACGUUUAUCAUUACAUGUACUUCGAGAUGUUGGUUUUGGUAAAAGUGAAUUAGAAACACAUAUUAAUAGUGAGAUCGAUAAUUUCUGUGAUAUUAUUGAGAAGGAACCAGUUCGAGAUUUUGUCCAAAAACUUUUACCAAGUAUUUCGAACAAUGUUUCCUUCUUACUUUUUGGACAUUAUUAUGAUCGAAAUGAUCCAGAUAAGAUUCUUUUAGACGAUUCUAUUAUUAAAUUAUCGCCGAAUGUUCAGUUUGCAGGGGUCGCAGUAUUUUUACCUUGGAUCGUUCGACUUUUGGUCAUCUUUAAACGAGCCAAUUUUGACCUUGUAGCGAAAGUUUUCAGAUCAUUUGAUGAAGCGGUUCAGAAAGAAAUUGACAAACAUCAAGAAAGAUAUGAACCAGGUAGAGUCGUCGACUAUAUCGAUGGAUAUUUGAAUGAACAAUCCAAGCGAAAGUCUCAAGAUGAUGGACUAUUGUUCAACAUCGAUACUUUAAGACGAAAUGUAAGCGGCUUUUUCGGCGCUGGAACUGAAACUGUAACUACAACCCUCUCAUGGGCACUAAUGUACCUGAUCGUUUAUCCAAAGUAUCAAGAUAAAAUUUUCGAAGAAAUUAACGAGGUUAUUGGUUUUGAUCGAAAACCAGAUUAUUCUCAUCGUAAUCGAAUGCCAAUAACCAUGGCCUUCAUUUACGAGGUUCAUCGUUUGGGCUCCGUUUUGGCCUCUAAUCUACUUAGACGAGCUACUUGCGAUACUAAGAUUGGUAAUCAUUCAAUUCCCAAAGAUACAAUUGUAAUCUUUAACUUCUGGUCAGUACAUAUGAAUCCUAAUCUUUGGGAUAAUCCGGAAGAGUUUAAUCCAUCUCGAUUCUUAAGUGAAGAUGGUAGCAAAGCCGUUAAGCCCCAGUACCUUGUACCUUUUAGCGGCGGAAAACGGAUUUGUCCAGGUGAAAGUUUAGCUAAUGUCGAAAUCUUUUUGUACAUUGUGUCGAUAGUUCAAAGGUUUAAGAUCAGAACCGAACCAGGAACUCGAGUUUCGUUAGAGGCCGAUUUUGGACUUUCACGAAGACCCAAAGAUAUUCCAGUUCUAAUUUUUGAGAAAAGAUGAUUUUCUUUUUCGUAUAUUAAUUGUUACUCUUAAUUGACACACGAAAAUUUUUCAUUAUUAUCUGAUUGUUAUUAUCACAAUAAAAGUGAAACCUUGUGAUGUGUUAAUUGUGUUACAAAUUAAACAGAAUCAAUCUGAACAAUUAACAUUACGUCAAGAAGGUUAUCAUUAAAUGUA